GAGGGAGAGGCCAAGUCUCACCAGCUCCCUCCCCCAGCCCUGGAAUUGUGUGGAGCCAAAGAGGGACCUGGAGAAAGAACUCGCAGUUUGGGGAGGGGAGUCAGCCGUUCAGCCCCUUCCUCGCCCCUCCUGCUCCCUCGGCCACUGCGUCUGUCGUUGGGCAAGAGAGGUGUUGGGUUACUGCCCGGGGGCUAUAGUUAGCUGUGGGACUCAGCGGGUCCGCUGGGUUCCCGAGACCGGCCCGGCCCGGCCCGUCCAGACACCGACCGACCGGCACCCGCUGGCCUGACCACACCUUCCCGCUCUCUCGGCCUCCGUGACCUCCAGCCGCUGACGCCAAGGCUCCACCGCUGCCGCUGAUCCCACCCGCCUCCGGACCUCGCUCUCCUGUCUCCCCCAGAGAUGAUGCAGGCUGCUCUGCUGCUCACCCUCAGCUGCCUGGGCCUUCACGCCUUCUGGCAGGCCCAGGCUGUUCCCAUCCUGCUCCUGGGCCUGGCUCCAGACACCUUCGAUGAUGCCUAUGUGGGCUGCGCAGAGGAGAUGGAGGAGAAGGCAGCCCUUCUGCUGAAGGAGGAGAUGGCCCGCCAUGCGCUGCUGCGGGAAUCCUGGGAGGCAGCCCAGGAGGCCUGGGAGCAGAAGCAGCGAGGGCUCACACUGCCCCCUGGCUUCAAAUCCCAGCAUGGAAUCGCCAUCAUGGUCUACACCAACUCCUCUAACAACCUGUACUGGGAGCUGAACCAGGCGGUGCAGACAGGCGGUGUCUCCCGGGAGUACUACAUGAGGCACUUCCCCUUCAAGGCCCUGCAUUUCUACCUGACCCGGGCCCUGCAGUUGCUACAGGGGAGCAAGGGCUGCAGCAGGGGACCCGGGCAGGUGGUGUUCCGAGGUGUAGGCACCCUUCGCUUUGAACCCAAGAGGUUGGGGGACUCUAUCCGCUUGGGCCAGUUUGCCUCCAGCUCCCUGGAUGAGGCAGUGGCCCUCAGGUUUGGUAAUGCCACCUUCUUCUCCCUAAGGACUUGUUUUGGGGCCCCCAUCGAGGCCCUGUCUGUUUUUCCCAAGGAGCGCGAGGUGCUGAUCCCUCCCCACGAAGUCUUCUUGGUCACCAGGUUCUCCCAAGAUGGAGCCCGGAGCCUAGUGACUCUCUGGAGCCAAAAUAAGACCUGCAGCCACUUUAACUGCGCCUAUCUGGGUGGGGAGAAGAGGCGGGGCUGUAUGUCUGCACCAACAGGGGGGGCAGCCAGACCCACUGUCCAACAGGGCCUUCUCUCUGCUCUCCUGGAAGACCCUACACUUGGCCUCCAUGGGGUUCCAGCUCUCGGGAGCUGGGCCCUUGAAAGUUCAGUGCCUACCACUUAGGAGUCCUGUGAACUGUUGACCUUCCUAUGAAGAAGGGGGCCUUCGAGCAGCCUCCAGAAGCAAGGACAUGGUUUCAGACCCAGCCCUAGAAGCCAUCUCCCCAACCACGAUGUGGGGGAAUCUGAGGCCAUGGAAGGGUGGAGACUCCCGGGGACAAGUAAAGGUAGUGCUGUGAUGACCUCUUGAUUAAACAGUGUUGGAGUGUGGUGA